UUUAAUUUUCUGGGAUGCUUUAAGGAUUGCAACAAUAGCAGAGGAGGGAAACAAGAUUGCCAAAAGGUCGGCAGAAGAGAAGAGGGGUUUAGGGUUUAGGGACCGUUGGCCAUUUAGCUUAGUCCAAAUUUUAAGGGAAUUUGGGGUGAUGAUGUGGCGAAGGUCAAGGUGGGCAUGGAACUUCCGGCGAAGAUUCUCGACAGCAAUACGGCAGCGUAUAGAGGACGAAGGGGACUGGUCAUUCUCCUCGGAGUGGUGGGGAUCGGAGUCCCACGGUCACACCGUUCUCCGUUCUUCUUCCGACAAAGGAAACGGCGUCGUCUCCGUCCUCGCUUUCCCUUCCUCUAAACCUAGUGAAGUGCAGUGGCCUAGAAUGGAGAGAUGGUUACAGGAAAGGUAUGCAGAGGUGUGUCCAGGGUCAGGAUGUGGAGAUGAGGAGCGUUUUCGGAUACUGGGUUACCAAUGGCGCGCUCUUCGCUUUAAUGAUGAUACUCGCCAGAGCACUGUCAAAGUAAUGUCUGCUUAUCGCCAAUCCGAACCCGCUUCAAUCUUCCUUAUGCAGCAGCCACAUUGCCUUGCUGUUCCAUAUCUGAAGAGUAUGGUAUCAGUUGGGUUGUCAACUAUAGCAUCUUGUGGUUAUGAUAUCAUUAAUGCAGUGCAUGGGAAGAAAACAAUGAAUAUCUUAUGUAUUGGUCAUGGUGGGGGAAGCUUACCAUUAUUUUUGGCUAGUAAAAUCAAAGGUGCUGUUAUUCACAUAGUUGAAAUUGAUCCCCUUGUCAUCUCAGCCUCAAUCAAAGCUAUGGGUUUUCCUGCUUUCUCAGUUAUGACCCCAUCAGGUGAGCGUGCCUUCUCCAAACCUAGUACUAUUGAUGAAGUACUGUGGAAAGGCAUACAUGAGAGGCUCUACCUCUAUGAAUCAGAUGCUGAGAAAUUUGUCCUUGACAACACAAAUCUAUAUGAUAUGGUCUUCAUUGAUGCGUAUGAUGGUGAAGACAUCUUCCCUCGCAAGCUUUGGGACCCAAGUUCCCAAUUUCUAAAAUCUCUUAGUAAUCAACUUCACCCUGGACAUGGCACCGUGGUGGUGAACCUUCAUUCAGAUUCUGAUAUCUUGGAUCUUGUUGGGUCUGCUCCAUCUUUUCUUCAGCAAAUUUUGCCAAUGGGAAAGUAUGUUUCUGGAAUAGGCAGAGCGUACAUGGAUGUGCUGGUUGGAAGUGGAAGUUGUGGGAAAGAAGGUUCUGGUUUGGGUUUUACUGUUUCAGUUCCUUGGGUGUGUAAUACAUCUCUGGUUGUGUGCAGAGGUCUUCAAACAAGUGGUGAUUAUUCUAACAGGGAUUUGGUUAUGAACACUAUCUUAUCCAAAUCCCUGGAAGUGGAAAAUCUUCUAAACUUACCAUUCUCAUGCUUGCAGUAUAUAAAGAGUGGUUUUAUAUUAGUUGAAUGAUCUUUGAGUAGUAUAAAGUUAGUUAUCUUUGCAAUUUUUGCAAACUGCAAGAGUAUCUGGUUUUUUUUUUUUUUGGUUCUCCUAUUCAACUUUAUUUGAAAUUUAGCACAUGUUUAUUGGGUGCUCCAAGCCAUGCCCCAUUCUUGGACUCUGUAGGGUUCUGUAGUUCCAUUCCUUUAUGGGAGAGUGGCAAAUUACAGAAUUGAAUCAAUUUUGAUAUAAGAUGAGUGAAGGC